CGAUAAUCUUCAGUCUUAACUCAACCCUCGAAGUGUGCGGACGUGAGAACCGUAUCGCGUUCUCUGAAAAAUUCAACUCGAUAUCGUUUCAUCGUGAACUAAACCGUGUUGAGUGACAUUUAAGUGCUGUGCUAAUUUUCUUGUGACCUCUGUCGAUAUAUUUGACUUGAUUUUAUCAUUGUGACAUUUAGUUAUCGAUGUGCGCGGGAAUUGUACUCGUUUCCCGUAGCUGAAGCUAAUGGAUCCCAACAAGACAAGUUGAACCGCUGAAACAUGAAGCCGGCGGCCAUUGCGUUUUGGCGCGAAAUGCCGAUCGCUGUCAGCCUCGCGCUCGCGGCUUUGGCGUGCUGCGUUUCAGCCAGAGACAUUGUUUUGGAUGAAGACUACACAGUGAUACAAGCGUCAACGAACGAGAGGUUACGAUUGAUAUGCGGGCUGAAGCCGAGGAAUCAGGUGCAUGUGGUGCGAUGGUACAUCGAUGGCAAACCUCUCGACACCCAGUUGAGGCCCAGAGUGGUGCAGAUGAAGCAAUGGUUAAAAAUCAAAUCGUUCCGAGCCAAAGACGCUGGAGUGUACACGUGUCAAAAUGAAGAGGAUAAAGGCAAGGAAAUGAGUGUUACAAUCAAACACAAGCCAGAUCUCACUUCGGACAACAUAGAAGAAUACCAAUCAGACGUGGACGUGUUAAGACCGAUGCCUGAAAUACUUUCCCAACAUUCAGCAUCACUCGUCGACAACAACACAAUCGAAGAGAACGCCACUGAUCCUAGACUCAAGUACAAAGAGUAUGACGUCACCAAGGACGACGACAUUGAUGACAAAAAUGAAAAAGAACAUCUGAACUACGGUCAUGUAGAUGUGACUAAAUCGAAAUAUGCACCAAAGUUCAAACAUCCAACGAAACUGUUCAAAAUGGAAAUGAAGCCAGCAGGAAGCUCUAUUCGUUUGAAAUGUGCAGCUGAAGGUAAUCCCAUGCCGAACAUCACCUGGUACAAAAAUAACGGGACACCAAUAUCGAGGAGCUUCUUCAAACCAUCGUAUGGGAAGUGGUCUAUGGCAAUUGACGAAUUGACGAAGGCUGAUAACGGGAACUAUACGUGCAAAGUGUGCAAUGAAUUGGGAUGUAUCGAGCAUACGUACACACUACACAUACAAGAGCGUUUAUACGCAAAACCCGUCCUAACAGUAGCGGCUGUUAACCAAACCGCAGUGGUCGGAACCACUGCUGUCUUCACUUGCGAAUUCCUCAGUGAUCUCCAUCCGUACAUUUACUGGAUGUUCUACCCUAAAAACGAGUACAUCUAUAAUGAGACCACAACUGACCCCUCUACAAAGGAGUCCAUUGUUGUUGAGGAUAAUAAUAGGAUUGUUUCGACUGAAAACCCAGCGGAUAAACCCGAACAGUUGACCAUAUACAACGUUACCAAAGAAGAUGAGGGGUGGUAUGUCUGUGUGGCGCUUAACUCCCUUGGCAACACUACAGCAAAAGGCUACCUUUCCGUAGUUGAUUCAUACCCAGACACAAAACCUCUUGAUCACGGAAAACAUAGCCACCUUAUAAACAUACUAACCGCAGUACUAGGCGCCAUGUUUUUCGUAGCAGCCAUCAUAGUGGUGAUGAUAUUCAAGAGGCUGAAAGAAGAGAAGAUAAAGAAGCAACUAGCUAUCGAGACGGCGAGGGCGGUGAUAGUGACGCAUUGGACGAAGAAAGUAACUGUGGAGAAGCCAAAUCUAAGCGGAACUGUCACCACUACUGGGGAAGGAUUGUUAAUGCCAGUGGUAAAAAUCGAAAAACAGAAGCUCUCCCAAGUGCAAAGCAACUGCGAUUCUAUGAUGAUGUCAGAAUACGAACUACCAGUGGACAUAGACUGGGAGGUCCCUCGAGAAUCCCUCAGUAUCGGCAAGGUCCUCGGUGAAGGAGAAUUUGGGAAGGUUGUCAAAGCUGAGUGCGUCGGGAUUGUAAAGCCGGGGAUACAGUCUGUCGUUGCUGUUAAAAUGUUGAAAGAGGGUCACACAGACGCAGAAAUGAUGGCGCUAGUGUCAGAAAUGGAGAUGAUGAAGAUGAUCGGCAAGCAUGUCAACAUCAUCAAUCUGUUGGGAUGCUGCACGCAGGAUGGACCGCUCUAUGUGAUAGUAGAAUACGCUCCCAAUGGCAACCUCCGAGAGUUCCUCAGAAACCAUAGACCUGGGAAUAGGUAUGAAUCAGAUGUAGAAGAUAAAGAAAAGAAAACAUUAACACAGAAGGAUUUGGUAUCCUUCUCAUAUCAAGUUGCGAGAGGAAUGGAGUAUUUAGCAUCUAGAAGAUGCAUACACCGAGAUCUCGCAGCGCGCAACGUCCUAGUGUCAGACGACUGCGUGCUGAAGAUAGCGGACUUCGGGCUGGCGAAGGACGUCCACAGCAACGACUACUACCGCAAGAAGACGGAGGGCCGCCUGCCCGUGCGGUGGAUGGCGCCCGAGUCGCUCUACCACAAGGUGUUCACCACGCAGACUGAUGUCUGGUCGUUUGGGGUCCUCCUGUGGGAGAUCAUGACGCUGGGCGGCACGCCGUACCCCACGGUGCCGGGCCAGUACAUGUACCAGCACCUCAGCGCUGGCCAUCGGAUGGAGAAACCGCCGUGCUGUAGCUUAGAAAUAUACAUGUUAAUGCGCGAAUGCUGGUCCUUCUCCCCGGGUGACCGGCCUUCCUUCACGGAGCUGGUCGAGGACCUGGACAAGAUCCUCACCGUCACCGCCAACCAGGAGUACCUGGAUCUGGGACUCCCACAGCUGGACACUCCACCCUCCAGCUAUGAUGGCUCAGGGGACGAAAGUGAUAGUGAAUUCCCUUUUAUUAAAUAAAACUUUGCUGUCUGAGUAAUAAAAGUUUGGUUUAAAACGUGGAUACAAUCCAAGAGUACCUGGACCUUGAGCUCUCAAUGUCCAGCUACAACGGCUUGGGCACCGAGAGUGAUUUGGACUCUGGCGUUAAAAAAUAUAACGUGGAAGUGAACUGACAAAAUAAUUCCUACUUGGGUUCUUUGUUUUUAAAAGAGGUAUUUUAAAUAAUUAGGGCCUGUUAGUACCUUUGAACGUAGUGCUCGGAAUUUGGUAAAUAUUUGUCCAAUUAAUAUCAGUGAUGACUGUUUUUUUUUGGACUUCAAUCGAUAGUGUAGGCAAAGCAGCCUUUUAGAACUGAAAGCCUUUUAGAUCUUUUUUCCAGUUGCCUAACAUCCGAAAUUAAUAAUUUAUCAAUUUACCUGUGAUCGGUGGAUUAGUUACUAACACCCGUUUUCAAUAUUCAAUCUGUAUUUGUAGUCUGUAGAAACGUUGCUAUUUAUUGUCAAAACAAUAUACUAUUUGACAAAUAACAACGUUGCUGUAGUUAUCUGCAGAUUACAGAUAUAGAUUCGAUAUUGAAAACGGGCGUUAGCAAUGCUGUCAAUUGUCAAAACUUUUAUGAUCCUUCUUGUCAUUGACAAAUAGCAACGUUGCUUAGAUAGUAACUUUAUAAAUUAAGAUUCCUACAGAUAGACUGAUUUAAAUAUUAAUUUCAGCUAUUUAACUAAAAGCUCGCUUUCCACACUGUAGGUGGCUUGGUGUUAAUUUAUUUUUAACUCUAGGAGUUUUAGCAAUUUUACGAUUAAUCUUAUUUUUUAUAAUAAUUUUAGGAAUCAAAUGUUAAUAAUUUUCCCACCUUAGUUAUUUAAAUAAAACAGAUUAGUACACUUGUCUGAAACUAUUUUUUGUAGUGAGUAGGUACCUACGAAUAUAGGGAUUAUUCUUAUUGUAUUUAUUUGACUGAACGUCGUGAAAAUGCUAUUCUAAAUAUUUAACUAUGUCUUAAGAUAAUUCUGAUAAAUAAAAUGUAUGAAUCUGUUCAUGUUGAAAAUUUCAUAGUUGUGUAGGUAAAUAGAAACAAAGUAGUUACUCUACAUAUAAAACCUAUGGAAGGUAUGAGAUUUUUUUAAUGAUUUGUUCAGACUGAUUUUAUUUUACCUUACGUGUGAAUAACAAGUGAAUUGUGAAUUUUUAUUAUAUGAAGAGUUGGAUAUCUCUAAGUUGUCAGGUUUUAUAAGUUUUUGUUAAUGACGAAUUAUGUACCUAUUUGUUACUUUUUGUUUAUUUUAAUCUUUUGCGCAUCGUACACAUGCAGUAAUUUAGUGUAUAAGUAUUUUUUGUUUAUUUAUUAUUUUUGUAUACCAAAAAUGCAUCACUAAGUAAGUAUAAUAUUGCAUAAUAUUUUGCUUAUUAUUAUUAAUAUUAGGUAUAUUUUGCACAAUUACCUACAAAAGAUUUUGUACAUAUUCUAGAGCCAAAGUUUAGAAAUUGAUGUAUUAUAUAAAAGUAUUACUAUUAUAUUAAAAUGUAUUUUUAAGUGUUUUAAUUUUAAGUGACAAAGUUUUCGACUCGCGAUUUUCAAGUGCCUUGAAUAAAAUAUUUGUCUAAGUACAAGGUGAAUUAAGAUUUUAGUCAAACAACUAGUUUAUUUAACUGUUAUAGGCAAUUUAAUGUCUACAGUUAACCAUAACAUAUCUAUGAUUAUGUGUGGUAUGACUUUUCAAAUUGUGCUAAAAUUAUUGUUCAAAAAUUAGAAAAAAUACCACAUAUCAUAUAUCCUCUGUAUAAUAUCUAACUAGUCUUAUCUAUCUUUUUUUUGUCACAAUUUUAUGACAUCUUUAUACCAUAAAUUAUACCAUUAAAUAAAAUAUAUUUUUUGAACCAGAACACUAGACGAUGAACCGUACUUAAUUAGUAUUUAGUAAACAAUAUUUAAUAGGAAACUAUCGCAAAAAUUAAAUCUAAGUGUAUAUAUUUCAAUUGUAAAAAUAGUUUAGGCAUUGAAUCACCACCAUUUGAAAUAGGUAACAAUAUUUUUUUUAAACUAGACAAUUUAAAAUUGUAAUAAAUAUUAUUAUCAUUAUUUUUUUGUAAAAAAUCUCACAAUAUUUUCAGAUUUUUUUUCGGUCAUAAACAGGUCUUAAAGCAAGUUGCACCUUGUUGUAAGAUUAUGAAAGUGAAUACCGUUACGUACGUAGUUAUACCUAGUUGGUAACUGCCAUUGUUUUUUUUUUUUUUUCAAAUCAAUCAAAAAUUAUGAGAACAAUAAUUCUCAUUAAUAGGUACACAAUUUAAGUACAUAGGUACGUAACAAUAAUUCCUUUAUUUUCUUUGGUGCCGUAAUUUUUGCAUUUCUUAGUAUGUGCGUAUUAGGUAGUGUGGAAAAUGUUUUUUUUUUUCAAAAUAUCUUGUUUGUAUAUUUGAGUUAAUUACUAUGAAUGUAUUAUUGUUGUACUGAGAAAAGUGGUGAAUAAAAUUAUAGUGCAAAUAAA